AUUUUUCUUGAGUGAAGACUUAUGUUCACGCGUGAAUCCGCGCGCGAUGGAGUGUGUUGUGUGUGGUCGUUCGUUGAAGCCGGACGGUUGCGUGUUGACCACUACGACCAGACUUCCGUACUCGAAUCGCAACAUCCGAGAUUUCCUGGAUGAAUAUUCUGUAUUGUUGUCGAAGUGCGGAAAAGACACAUGGCUGUGUUUCGAUUGUUGGACAUUGGUUGCUCGUUGCGACGAGCUACAGAACACCGUGGAGAAUUUUAUUGGAUCAUUGCGUAGCUCCCAUCAGCGAAAACAGCUGCGAGGAACGGAAACUCUACCGGAAGUGAAAAUCGAGUUUGAAGAAGUCGUUUGCAAACCGGAUCAUUUUCUAGAACCUGCUGCGAGUUCAAUUCCAUCCGAAGAUGCGGAUCAGUCAAUGGAGGAGAGCGUCACGAAGCUGGCUGCUGAUGAAAACGAUCCCCUGGCAGAGAAGGAAGCGAAAAGGAAAACAAGAGCGUCUAAAUUUCAGACUGAGGGAUCAGAAAUUUCAGAGAAAACUCCUCGAGAAAAAGUGAAGAAAGUUACGAGAAACCGGAAACUUCGGAAAGAAGUACCCGUAGAAGUUCCGGAAUCGGAUGAAGAAAAUGAAGCCAGCGUGGAUACAUUUUCAUUGCCGGACAGCGAUUCUGGUGAGGAUAGUUCGGGUUCGGACUACACACCUGAAGAAUCGCGAGCGUCGGAUUCGAAGAGCGGCCAGUUCUGUCCCGAGUGCAAAAUUUCCGUGCUCGGGCUUGAUUUUGCGAAGCAUUUGAAAGAUGCUCAUCCAAAUUCGACCAAGAAAAAACCCGUGGCGUUGCAAUUACUCAAGUGCGACCAGUGUUCGUAUGCAAAUCCGAAUCGAAGAAAUCUGGCAUUCCAUAAACAGUACCAUCACGCCGAAGCGAAGCAUCCUUGUGGACAGUGUGGUCGUGGUUUCAAGCGGAAGCGUGAUUUGAUUGCGCAUGAGCACAAGGAGCAUCUCAAGAUCCCGCUCGUGCGGUGUGAAGAUUGUGGUAAAGAAUUCAACUCCACAUCAGGUUUGCGAAUGCACAGAAUGCGGCAUCAUUCUGAUCAGCCGGUACCGACGCGGUUCUGUGCCGAAUGCGGCCUGGAAGUCGCCAUCGACGUGUUCCCCGUGCACAUGGCGCGUCACCGGCACAAGGACAAAACCUACCCGUGCCCGCACUGUGACAAGGUUUUCCUCACGGGUGCAUAUGUCCGCGUCCAUGUCGCCAAAGUUCACGGGAUCGGACAAGUGAAGCUCAAAUCGCGCGACAUCCCCAAGCAGUGCACCGAGUGCGGAGUGCAGAUGAAGGGCGACGAAUUUUUCCGGGCGCACAUGUUUACUGAGCACGGGAUCGAGUUGCCCGGGCUUCGCCGCCUGGAUUGCGAAUACUGUGAUCGUGUGUUUUACAAGAAACGCUCCUACGAUUUUCACGUAAUGGAGCAUACGGGUGAGAAGCCGUACAAGUGUGACCUGUGUGGCUAUUGCGCUCGUCGGCCAGGAAAUAUCUGGAGCCACAAAAAGUUCAAGCACAAAAUAAUAUCGGGUCAGAAAAAGGCGGAGGCCAAAUCAGAAAAUGACCCGAGUUCUGCGACUGAUACCGCUGUUGCCAUAGGUGACGAUGCGGAUAAAUCUCAAUGACGCUGAAGAAAACCGCAAAAUCUCCAUCUCGACAGAUUCUAUAUUUGUAGAGCUUUAUUUUAUAUGUUUUUGUCCCUGGACGUCGUUGUUCAGACGUGUUCCUAAAGUUACCAAAAAUCUUUUCGUAUGAAGUGAAUUUUCGGUUUGUAAGUAAAAUGAACAUGCGAUUUUUGCUUCAGGCUCGCACCGUGUUAUGUUGAGAGCAUUGACAAAUAAAGCAGAAUACCUUACACCUUUUGAUUUAUUCCGAGUUGAAUUCUUUUUCAUCCUACC